AUUUGUGAAAUGAGCAGUAAUUACCACAUUACAUUUGUCUGAGUGACUGGGAGAGAUCCAUUAACUUCCUGCAUAAAAUGAUACUUCACACAAGGCUCAUUUUCCUGGUAGGAAUACGUUUGGAAGGACUAGGAGAGAAGAGCAGCUGUAACUUGGUCUGAUGCUUUCAUUAGAGACUUCUUGUCCUUAAGCUGUCUGACAACAUACAGACAGGCAGCAGACCAGGGUGUCAGCCUUGUUUGGGGGGUUUGGUGGCUCUUGCAAAGAACAAAUCCCAGUCUUCAUGGAUUGCAUGUUGUCUCUGUAAAAGAUGGAAUGAUACCUUGGCUUGAACAUCGACAAAAUAGCGAAAAUAAAACAUGGAGGGUUGUUUCUAUUCUAUUUUUUUCUACUCUGUUUGGGUGCAGUGGACUAAGGUCAAAGGCAUGACUAGGCUGGUACCAUGACUGGAGAUGCCUGGAGUGCAGGGGUUAUAGCCAAGUGGAAAAUGCAUUUAUAGGAUGAGAAGUAAUUCUUUUCUUUAUUUGACAUACAUAAUUAUGUUUGAGUUUUGGAUCAGGGCCUCCCUGAAACAGUCAGAAUUGUGAUAAACUGGAGGAGUUAUGUUACUAUGUUUGAUCUGAAGGUGUUCCUGGUUCUGCCCUUCCUGUAUUGUGUCAAAUUAAGCAUUAAUCAAUUAGCUAGACUAAUCUGUUUUUAAUGUUGGGUAUUGCUCAUGUGCAUUCCCUUAAAAUUUCCAUGGUUUUGUCCCCUGUAUUAUGCUCUUAGACUUUAUUUCUUCCCUUACUCUUUAUUUUAAUGUGAAAACAUUUUCUAGUUUCAGACUAAACCAAGAUACAUGUACACUUCUUUUGCUCAAAUGACCUGGGGAAGCAAGGAAGGUGUUUCAUGUUAUCUAGAUACAGUUCCUUUACUGGGCAGCAAGUGUUUCCACUGAAAUAUGGACAUGGAUUCCUAUCUUGCUCAUUAGCAACAUCAGGACUGACAUUUUUAUAGUGAAAAAGCUGUGCUGAGUUCUGAGAUCUUAACUACAGAGAUGCUGAAUUUCCAGCUCCCUCCACCCUCUCUCCAUGCAUCUGGUCCAUGUCGUGUUUAGGGAACUGUUGGCAUAUGAAGGAAUUACAGAGAAAGUAUAGACUAGAUUAAAGAAAAGCUUUAACUUGCUAUAUGUUGUUUUCUCUGUUACAUUAGUAUAAAUUAUUUUUGCAUCAGAAUAUCUGCUUUCAUUUUUACUGAAUAACUGGAAAGAGCUGAUAAUACUGUUCCAGUGCCCUGUUACCCGUGAGAUCAAGUGGCAUUUGCUUCCAGGAGCUGGUAAAUCAUGGCCUGGUUUGAGGUUCUAUUAGCAAAGGCAAGGCUGUCUCUGAGCUGCAGGCCAGCCCUGGAUACAUCUUUAGGAUCUCUGGCACAUCUGUUGAUGGUUUUCCAUUUGCAGUGAUGGAGAGGGCUCUUAGUGGGUAAAAUCCCUCUGAAGCACAGAAGUUGCACAAAGCCUUUGCAGCAUGUUGGAGGCAGGCCCAAGGAAAAGGAAUAAAUUCCUUCUUGCUUAUCACUGGCUUGUUUUGACAAGCAUUCACAUCUCCUAAAAACAAGAUCCCUGCUGAGAUGGAAUAUGAUAUGUCCAACAACUAUUGCAAAAAGCAAUGGAGAAGGAGAUAACAUCUUCCCAGGAAACACAAGCCAAGGAGCUGCUAAAGGAGGCAUCAGGAAGCAGCAGAAAGCUCCCAAAGUACAUCCAUCGAAGCACAGUGAGACUGAAAGGAGCUGAUGCCUGAAUGGGAGAAGAGGGAGAAGGAACAUUUAGCAAAAGGCAGCAGCAAGAAGCCAGAGACUGAAUAAGGGAGAUCCUCCACUGCUCCAUGGAGUUUUCCUACUGAGUCCCUGCUUUGGAAAUGGGGAAAGAGUUAAUUGUGAUGUUGGGUGAGAGGCUUUGCUCAGCAAAGCUCCAGGAGCAGCAGCUGAGGACCUGCCUCGUUGGUAAUCUGUACUUAUGCAUUAAUAAAUAGGCUUGUUACUCCAUUUGAUACAAUGCCAUAGGGUGUUCUAAGGAGCAUAAUUAGUUUGCUAUUAAAUAGGCAAAUGUAUAAUUCUUUUAUACAUCUAUGGAUAGAUAGAUGGCAAGACUAGAAAGACAGCUGCCUUUUGCAAAACGUAGCACAGAUAAUUUCAUUAAAUAAUUUCAUAAUCUACUCAAAACCUCAGGAGGCUUGGGGGUUGCUCCCAGCCUGUCAGCCCAGCCUCUGGAAAAACUCUUUCUCUAGACUAGUUUUUGUCAGAAAGAUUGUAUGUAAAUUAUAUAUUUAACAAUAUUUGACACAGUUCUUUAUUUUUAAGGAUGUUAGAUCCAUCCUGGAUUAGAUAUUUUUCCUAAUUACAUUAAUAUUUAGAAGCUGACUGUUACCUAUAUAAUUGAAAUAAAACCUAGUAGGGAUGUGGAACAAUGGAAAGGCUUUAGGACUUUCCGUCAUUGGUUCUUGCUCAGCUCUGUUCUGAAUCAGCUUGUCUUUAAAAUAAUUAUCUCUAAAUUAGCCACUCAAGAAAGAUGUCCAGAAAGAUGACUGUGGCACAUUUUACAAAGUUUUGUAAAUUGAAAUGAAACUGUGACCCACAGAAACAAUUGUCAUCUGGUGGUUUGGGUGGUUUUUUGCAAAAUUGAGUGUAUUUACGAGGAGGAAAUCUGGAGAAGAAUAUCCAUUACUAAAUGCAAUUAAAGGGGAGGAAAAAACAACAGCAACUCACUGCAAUUCUUGUAAAGAGCUCUGCUAAACCUCUGGGAAUAGAAGCCACUGAUGCUUCUGGUUCCAGAAUUGUUCUUAAUUAUCUUAUUGCUCUGUUCUCUGUUCUUCUAGUGAACUUCCCUUGAUUCUAAAAAUCAGCACAUACCACACUUUUGCAGACAAAUAAAGUGGAGAAGCAAACUCUGAGGGCUUUUCAGUCCAGGCACCCUGGAGGAGGAAUAUCUGGCACCAAAUUCCUGUAGAUCAGUGGGUGCUUACUGAGACUGGACUAUUUUUUGGAAGACGGGAUUUUUGUCAGUAUUUACUGCCUGCUCAUCAUGUCUUCAAUUCUUGGGAAGAUGAAGAAAUUUGGCAGUUUUGACAUGGAGGAAUCUGAAGUGGCAGAUGAACACACAGAAGGGGAGGAGUCUGUCCUGGAAACAUCUGACAACUCCCAGGGCCCACCCAGCACCAGGGCACAGCCACCCAAAAGCAACAUCUUUGCAAGGCGUGGGCGGUUUGUGAUGGGGGAUAGUGACAAGGACAUGGCUCCCAUGGACUCCUUUUACCAGAUGGAUCACCUGAUGGCACCUUCUGUCAUCAAAUUUAAUGUCAGUUUGGAGAGGGGGAAACUUCACAAGCUCCUGUCUGCAGAUUCCAUCACAGGCUGCUCAGAAAAAGCUUUCAAGUUUUACGAUCGCAGAAGGAUCUUUGAUGCUGUAGCCCGAGGCAACACAAAGGACCUGAGUGACCUGCUACUCUACCUUAAUAGAACCUUCAAGCAUCUCACAGAUGAGGAGUUCAAAGAGCCUGAAACUGGGAAAACCUGUUUAUUGAAAGCCAUGCUGAAUCUGCAUGAUGGGAAAAAUGAUACCAUUCCCUUGCUGCUGGAUAUUGCAAGGAAAACUGGAACUCUGAAAGAGUUUGUUAAUGCAGAAUAUACUGACAACUACUACAAGGGCCAGACUGCUCUUCAUAUUGCCAUCGAGAGAAGGAACAUGUACCUGGUGAAGCUCUUGGUCCAGAAUGGAGCAGAUGUUCAUGCACGAGCCUGUGGGGAGUUCUUCAGGAAAAUCAAAGGGAAAUCUGGCUUUUAUUUUGGGGAGCUGCCCUUGUCCCUGGCUGCCUGCACCAACCAGCUCUGCAUUGUGAAAUUCCUGCUGGAGAAUCCCUACCAGGCAGCUGACAUUGCUGCUGAGGACUCCAUGGGCAACAUGGUCCUGCACACCCUGGUGGAGAUUGCAGAUAACACUAAGGAUAACACCAAGUUUGUAACCAAGAUGUACAAUAACAUACUGAUCCUUGGUGCCAAAAUUAAUCCAAUCCUGAAGCUGGAAGAGCUCACCAACAAGAAAGGGCUGACUCCAUUAACCCUGGCAGCCAAAACAGGGAAGAUAGGGAUUUUCGCUUACAUCCUCAGACGAGAGAUCAAAGAUCCCGAGUGCAGACACCUGUCCAGGAAGUUCACUGAAUGGGCAUAUGGACCUGUCCACUCCUCUCUUUAUGACCUGUCCUGUAUAGACACAUGUGAGAAAAAUUCAGUGCUGGAGAUUCUUGCCUACAGCAGUGAGACACCGAACCGGCACGAGAUGCUGCUGGUGGAGCCCCUUAACAGGCUCCUGCAAGACAAGUGGGACCGGUUUGUCAAACACUUGUUUUACUUCAACUUCUUUGUCUAUACCUUGCACAUCAGCAUCCUCACUGCAGCUGCUUACUACAGACCUGUGCAGAAGGACCAAAAGCCUCCCUUCACCUUUGGUUACACCACUGGGGAGUAUUUUCGAGUGACUGGAGAGAUCCUGAGUGUUCUGGGAGGCCUCUAUUUUUUUUUCAGAGGGAUACAAUAUUUCGUGCAGAGGCGCCCGUCACUCAAGACGCUGAUCAUUGAUGGCUACAGUGAGGUUCUUUUCUUUGUUCACUCCUUACUCCUCCUGAGCUCUGUGGUGCUGUACUUCUGUGGCCAGGAACUCUACGUGGCUUCCAUGGUGUUCUCCUUGGCACUGGGCUGGGCCAACAUGCUCUACUACACCCGUGGCUUCCAGCAGAUGGGCAUUUACUCUGUCAUGAUUGCCAAGAUGAUCCUUAGAGAUCUGUGUCGCUUCAUGUUUGUCUAUCUAGUGUUCCUCUUGGGAUUUUCUACAGCUGUGGUGACUUUAAUUGAGGAUGACAAUGAGGGGCAAGAGACAAAUACCUCUGACUCUUCCCGCUGCUGCCACGUGAGACGAGUCCGCACGUCCUACAACAGCCUGUAUUACACCUGCCUGGAGCUUUUCAAGUUCACUAUUGGGAUGGGGGACCUGGAGUUCACAGAGAACUACAGGUUCAAGUCUGUGUUUGUCAUCCUCUUGGUUCUCUACGUCAUCCUCACGUACAUCCUCCUGCUCAACAUGCUCAUUGCGCUGAUGGGGGAAACCGUGAACAAAAUUGCACAGGAGAGCAAGAGCAUCUGGAAGCUCCAGAGAGCCAUCACAAUCUUGGAUAUCGAAAACAGCUACUUGAACUGUUUGAAGAGCUCAUUCCGGUCCGGGAAGCAAGUCUUGGUGGGGAUCACACCUGAUGGCCAAGAUGAUUACAGAUGGUGCUUUAGGGUUGAUGAAGUGAACUGGUCCACAUGGAAUACGAACCUGGGCAUAAUCAACGAAGACCCCGGGUACUCUGGGGACCUCAGACGGAAUCUCAGUUUCUCUAUUAAACCUGGCAGAGUUUCAGGGAAACACUGGAAAACAUUGGUUCCGCUUUUAAGAGAUGGAAGCAGGAGAGAAGAUACUCACAAGCUACCAGAGGAAGUCAAAUUAAAACCUGUUUUGGAACCUUAUUAUGAGCCAGAAGAUUCUGAGGUGUUGAAGGAGUCGCUUCCAAACAACCACGGGGGGAAAGAAAUCUGGUGCUGCAAAUCCAUCUGGCUGGAUUUACAAAGAGAAUCAGGAAAACUAUCUGAGAGAGAAAAUAGGCAGAUGUUCUAAAACUACAGAUGGGAGCUCUGGAAAGAGAGGAGAGCGUAAGGUUCCAUGCUUGUCUGAGCCUCUCCCAGUGACUGUGCACAGCCUGUGGCCCACAGCACCAGCAGCAAGGACACGCUCACAGGACAGGGACAAGAAGCACCCACCACCUCACACAUCUGGGGUGUGUACAGUGAGGACUGGCAAAGGGCUUUGUAGGUUUGUUCUGUUACUUUUUGCCUUAGGAGUGACAGGGGACACUUAACAAAAGCACAAAUGCAGGAAAAGACACAGGAAAAGAGUUACAGAUCCAUUCUCCCCAUUGCUUGUUAUUGUCUUGUGUUUAUCUCAUGUAACUUAACCAAGACAAGGCAUAACUAUGACUUGAAGUCAAAUACUGAUGCCACUUGCAAAAAGCGGAUUUUUACUGCACUUAUUUCAACUUACUCAAUACUGAAUCUAUCCCUGCAUAGGGAAUUGGCCAGAGGUGUGGGAAUUAGAGAGAUUCAGGUGGAAGUGAUCACACUACCAGGUGGAGAGAGGGUAUAAUAAGGGAG